CACCCAAGCCAUCCACGCCCGUCAAUCGCACCCAUACAGGCUCGCUUGCUUGGUGCUGUCAUUUUCUCUCCAACACACCUGAACGCUGAACGCGCGUCGACAACCCCUCAAGUGGCCACAAGCUUCCCAGUGCAGCUCGGAGGAGACACAUAAGGACAGAUACACACCGCCGCCACCUCACCCCUCAAACUCUCCCAAACUUUUGUUUAAGGAAAGGAGCUCCCGCUUCCAGCAAACAGCAAGCAAGCAGCCAGCGAGCUCUGACUGAGCGUAUUUUGUUCUGACAGUGCGGCUGAAGUCUCACGGCGCUCGCAGCGACCUCGGCAAACUCGUCCCAUCUUCUUCCCCCUCCCCCACCCAUCACACACAUACACAAGAACAACAGCAGGAUGCUGUCUGCCAAGGGCGCUUCUGAGUCCAACACCAAGACAACCCAGUCUCCUGCCAAGGCAAAGCAGCAGCAGCACCUGCAACGUCCACAGAAGCACGACCAACACGAACAACACGCGCACCAUGCGCAGGUGUGCCCAGCAACGAGACAGCACCAACCUCAGGAGCAACAGGAGCAGCAAGACGCUCAGCAGCAGCACACAAAGCUCAGCGGGCCUCGGUGCAGAGACAUUGCCGCCCCGCCCCGCAUCCCUCUUUGCCUUGAGGAUUCCUCGCGCUCAUCAUCCUCCUCGUCCCUGCGCCUCAAGCGAUCCAUGAGCAGCCACAGCAGCAGCACCAGCAUCGGAGCAAGAAGCAAUCACGGUGGAGUCGGCAGCAGCCUCACCCAAAUCAAGGAGGAGGACAGCAUCGAAGAGGCAGAAGACGUGGCUGGCAUGGCCGACCCAACCGCCGCUGCCACGGUUGCUGGUACGCCCCAACGCGCACGCGGUUCCUUGGCGAGAGAGCAACGCGCCCUCAUGAACAUUAGGAACCCCACCAACAACAACCUCACCAGCAACGACCUCAACAGCAACAGCAACAGCAACAGCAACAGCAACAGCAACAGCAACAGCAACAGUAGCAGUGGCCGCAGCAGCUACGGUGACAUUGUGCUUCUCCAUCAGCACCGGGGGUCAACACCUGCGCCCACGCCGGCUUCGCCGUCAUCAUCGUCCUCGGCGUCAUCGCCGCGGCGUCGUGGACGUUCCUCCCUGCGACGCUCCCACGCCACCCUCGACCUUGCUGGCGACACAUGGACCCUGCAUACCUUCGACACCAUCCAGGAAACAGCACCGCCGCAAGCAACGGCGCGCAGGCACACCACAAUGCCUGUCUCCGAGUGUGGUGUCGGCAAGGAGGGCCUGGGCGACAACGGCCGGCGCCGCUCCGUGCACGAUCUGGUGCACUUUCGUGAGCAGUUUGCCAGCGCGCAUCGGCUGAGCUCUGACCACUGCAUGCGCCGCAACACGUCGUCGUUUGCCCUCAGCCAAGUGGCCGGCACUGACUGGGUCGACCUCAGCCACGCCAGCAGCAGCAACGCCAACAGCAGUAUCAACAGCAGCAAUAGCAGCAAGAGGAGCUCUGCACACAAGCCCGGUCGCCUGAGUGUACAAGUUCUUGACAGCAACAACAAUGACAGCAUCAGCAACAGCAACACCAUUUGCAGCAACACCAGCCGCACCGAUGAUCAUGGCAGCAACAGCAACAGCGACAACAGCCAAGCCAGUGGUGCCAACAACGGGCAAGACUCCACCGGCAGCAGCUGCAGCAUCAAAGGUCGCAGCUGCGUGGCAGAGGGUGGCGCGGCCAGGCGGUCUACGCUCACGCGCCAGCGCCACUCGUUCCGAGGCGCCUUUAUGGUUGAGGACACCGACACCUGUGGUGGUUGCGUUGGCGAUGGUGCUCCUGUUGGCGGUGGCGAUGCUGGUGGCCUUGAUGGCGAUCAUGCACUGCCUGCGGAUGGUAUCAGGCAGGGCAGCGGCAGCACCAAGUCGGCGUGCCACACGUGCGUACUUGGCGCGGCGUGCCUGGGCGACGGUUGCGAGUGCACGUGCCACGUGCCGGCCCAGCGGCUGUUUCUUGGCGUGUUGAAGCAUGCGCCGCCCGCCCCCUUCAGCACAGCCAGCAGCAGCAGCGCCAUCUCCACGGCGUUCCUGUCCAAGUCGGCGUCCACCCACUCCGUCCUGUCGCUUGGCCCCGCUGCGGGCGCCGUCGUCGCGGCAUCGACUCACGAGGACGUGUCGUUGGUGAUGGGCAGCACGCGCACUAAUGGCAGCGGCAGCGGUGAUGGUGUGCGUGGCACUGGUUGCCAUGGUCAGUGUGGCGCUGGUGAUGGUGGUGAUGGUGAUUGUCAGUAUGGCGAUGAUGGAGGCUGCCGAAAGGAGGAGUCGACGCUGGACCGCAGCCACCCUGCCCAAGACUGAUGACACAAGCAGCCGAUUGAUUGGCGCUUGUUAUGUUGACAAGAGCGCUAGAGAGCGGGUGACAGAGUUGGCGUGCGAGUACAUACCACUGUGGCGUUCACAAUGCUUGCUUGUGUGUUUGAGAAUAAUUUCUAACCGAAACGCUGUUCAUAUAUCAGUCAUAUCGACUGCCUACGUGACCCUAUGUCUGCGCUGUGUCUGCGCUGUUUCCGUAUUGUG